GAAACAACUUGUGUCACUGUUGGCACCAUUGCAAGGUUUGUGGUUGGAAAAAGUGGGUGGAGCUAUCAAAGUUGCUCUUCAUGCACUAGAAAGGCUGAAGCACCCAAUGGCGCGUUCACAUGCAGAUGUGGCAAAUACAACCACGAGCCUGUUAUAAGGUAUAGGCUGGAAGUCAUGUUGUACAAUAAAAAAGAUUGCGUCAAGAUUGUACUGUGGGAUCAAGAAUGCAUUCAGCUUCUUGGGAAGACCGCUAAUGAGCUCAGAAACCAAAUGAUUGAAGAAGGUGAGGACGAUCCACUGUCUUAUCCAGAAACACUUGAUGACUUGCUUGGAAGAACUUUGGCAUUUAGGAUCAAAAUGCAGCCAGCCUAUAGUGCUGCAUCCGUACAAAAAGUUUCCGAGGAUGA